AUGGUCCCAGCGUUUGUGAAGUCUGGCGUGAAGGGUAUUGCGUUGCUAGCUACCAACGCUGAGAAGCUCGCUGACACCGAGCGUACGGUUCAUGCGACCGAUCCUGCCAUUGAGACUCUGACCUGUGCCUUGGACAUAUCCGAUGCCAGAAGUGUCGAGAAUGCUUUCGCUGCCAUCAAAGACAAGUUCGGACAUUCAGAUAUUCUCGCACAUGCUGCCGGCGCUGCCAGUGGCGAUGGCCCCAAGCUCCAUGAGACAGAUCCUGAGAAGUGGUGGCACAAUUUUGAGGUCAACGGCAAAGGCACUUAUCUCUUGAUUCGCGCCUUCCUUCGCCAACUGCCGACCCCCGAUACGCCAGCGGCCAUCGUGAACGUGAGCUCAUGGCAGCCCUUCUUCGUCGCGCCCCAGAUGAGCGGCUAUUUCAUUUCCAAGUUCAUUCUCGAUAAUCUGUCAACUUACGUAGCGGCCGAGUAUCCCAACGUGGUCGCAACGUCUUUGUUUCCGGGCCUUGUUCCGACAGACAUGUUGCGCGAACCCUUCGGCACACUUUUCGAGCACACGAGUGCAGAGCUCGUGGGAAGCACGGCGGUUUGGUUGUGCCAUGAGAAAGCGAAGUUUCUCAGUGGGCGAUGGAUCUCAACCAAUUGGGACAUGGAGGACUUGGUUUCAAGGAAGGAGGAGAUCAUCAAAGGUGACUUGCUUAAGCUCACGCUGAAGGGAAGCUUUGGCGCUGAUAUUGUUGCACGGUUAUAG